UUCCAUAUUUAGGGUGAAAAGUGUACGGCCCCGUCCACGUAUCGUCCGGUGUCCGCCCAACAUGUCAUCCAAAGGGAAGAGGCCUAUGACCACAUUCCCAAUUGCAAAGCGGAAGAUGACAGAAAGAGUGAGAAAGAGGGAGGAAGAGGUAGAGGCGACGGGAAGCGGGAUGCGCGACGAGCCAGCGUGGGGGCGGGUGAGACCCAGUCUGGAUGACGAUCUGGACUACGAGCCGUACCCCUACAGCCAGCACAGCCAGCUGGGUCAGCAGUCCGCACAGAAGGUCGCCAUCUCAGAGGAACAAGAUGAACGGAUUGCAGCCUUCAUAGAGAACCACCCAGCCUACUAUGACAUGUCCAAUCCGGACUAUAAAAACAAGGCCAAGAAAAGUGCAUGGUUGAAGGAUGAGGCCACUGCAAUUGGACUGACGCCCAAACAGAUCCUGACCAGGUUCCAGACUAUGAGAACAGACUAUUUUAAACUGAAGCGGAAGAUCGUGUCGAAGUCUCCCCGCGGUCGGCCCAGGAUUACUCCACUACAGGAGUUCAAGCUGCGCCGCUACACGUUUCUCGACGCACACUACCGGGGGCGGGGCCAGAAUUCUUCACUGGAAUUUGGAUCGGCUCCGCAGCCAGAUUUCAGUUCCGACGAAGACGAAGUAGAUAACGUGAGGUUCACCUCGAGUGCGGAAAACAGCGCGGGAACCAGUUACAAACGCAAGCACCAUGCAUACGACAGCAGCGCGCCCUCGCCCUUACCCAGCAAGAAGAGUAAGAAGGGUGUGACAGAGGUGCUGGUAGAGCUGCUGACAGACUCACACAAGGAACUCCGACAGUCGCAAGCUACCCGGGCUGUGGCUUCAACAUCUAGCAGUGCCAUCCCGAGUACCAGUGUUCCGAGCGAGCGCAGCGCCUGGGCACAGUGGCUGUCCAGUCUACAGCAGGAGAUCCCACAGGACGUGUGGAGGGCCUACCAGAUGGAGACCUUCUCCGUAGCCAUGCGCUACGCCAUGGGGGCACAGCAACAGCAACAACAGCAGCAUCCCAGCAUCCUGUCUCACCAGGAGCUGUCACUGCCGCUGCCUCCGUUCAGCAUCGCUGCCCCGACAGCACAGCAGGGUCAGCAACAGGCAGACUCAAAAACACCUCUACUGUACUCCUACUUCCGUAGCUCAUGUGCCUGGAGGGUUCGCAUUGCUCUGAACCUGAAGGGAAUUGAGUAUGACCAGGCUCCGGUGCAUCUCAUAAAGGAUGGCGGACAACAGAACUCAGAAGAGUACAAGCAGAAGAACCCCAUGGCACAGGUGCCCACCCUGAUCAUAGAUGGACACAAACUCACCCAGUCUAUGGCAAUCCUGGAAUACCUGGAGGAAACUCGUCCUGACCCUCCCCUCCUGCCUAAAGACCCUGCUACAAGGGCAAAGGUUCGGAUGAUUGCAGAGACUGUUAACGCAGGCAUCCAACCCAUUCAGAACCUGAGUGUGCUACAGAAGGUCGGGGAUGAGAAGAAGAUGGAGUGGGGGCACUACUGGAUUGACCGAGGAUUCACAGCUUUGGAAACUGUGCUGGGUGAGACUGCAGGAAAAUACUGUGUGGGUGACCAGGUCACUAUGGCGGACCUGUGUCUGGUACCACAGCUGUAUAAUGCCACUAGAAACAAAGUGAACAUGGACAAAUUCCCCGUGAUUUCCGCCAUCAUAAAACGCUGUUCGGAGCUGGAAUCGUUCCAGGCCGCCCAUCCAUUCAGCCAGCCAGACUUUGUUGAGAAGGAAAUAUAGAAUACGGACUGUUCAAGGUGGACCUGUCCAAGUUCCCCGCCAUCACGCGAGUGUGCGGAAACCUGGCGGAGCUGGAGGCCUUCAAGGCGGCCGACUACUCUCGACAGCCCGACACCCCUGAAGACCUCAAGGCCUGAAGUCAUUUUUCUGAUCAUGUUAACGUCCUUAGCUAUGGAUGUGAGAUAAUGAUUAUAGACUGAGGCAGUUAUCUUUCUCUUAACAUGCUGUCUGUGUGGUUGGGUUUUAAAGUUCCCUUUUGUAGGAUUUUGCUGUCAGAAAUUGUAAAUAAUCUGAAUUUAACACUCUCCAUUCAGAUUGACGUUUGCUACUUUUUUACAACAUAAUUGUAUCAGUUGUCCACAUUUUGAGCUUUGUUGAACAACUCCAAAGCAAGCCAUACAAGUCCCAGAGUGUACAUUUUAUUGGUGUACAUUUUAUUGGUCCUCGGAAUGGUCUUCUUUGGCUAUUUUAAAGUCUGGUGGUACUCAAGACAAAACAAAGCAAAUUUAGAAAAAGAUCCCAGGUUUUCAUAAGGCUCAAACAUUUGCUAGGUAAUGUGAUAUAAUGGUAGAAUCAACUUAUCAGGUAAAGACAUUAUCAAAACAUCAAUUUACUCUUACACUCUUAUCCUACAAUAGGGACCUUUAAAACACAAUUCUCAAGAAUGAUUGAAAAGAAGUAAAGACAGUGUCUAAUGUUAAGCUUGCCUUGAAGAUAGCAUACCGGAAAUUCUGUUUAAAGCCCUCCCUUCUCUGCAAUGAUGAUCAUGGUGACAUAAUCAGUUUUGUCAAGGCUGUAAAGCUAUUGAAAGAUUUUUAUUUGCUUUUAUCAGAAAAAUCGGUGAAGCGGGCGACAUAUUGGUAACGUGAGAGUAGGUGGCUGGAUGUUAUUUGAAUCUUUAAACGGAUUAAUGUAUGUAUUGAUUUUAUGUCUUUUCUUUGUUUCACUGAAAUCAUACCAAAGUAAAAGAGGAAUAAAAGAGGAAUGAAAUAUCUAAUA